GCACAUGAUAAUCACCGACUAGGAAGGCGCACCAGCUGCAAGCCUGCAAGGGACCGCGUAUAUUUCUCAAAACGAGUUGUACAUCGAAGACCGAUCUAUAAAGUUUUAACUUAUCGGUGUACAAUACGCUAAUGCACAUACAAAAGUCUCCGUCGCACGGUAAUAAUGGCCGGCUAAACAUAUUCUCAGUCCCCAGCCUACUCACUAAAAUAAAACACAACACACACACACACACUCUCCGGGUGUUUAGAGAGGCAGGCAAUGGCUCCGAAUUCGGGUCGGAUCCACAAGAAUGCGGCGUCGGAUCGGGUAUUCGGGCAAUCAUUCCGGGGAACCAAGUCCAGAUUCAGAUACUCCGCCGGAUUUUUUACGAUCGCCGUCUCGAUUUUCCUCACUGUCUCAUUUUUCUUCGCCGCCUCCUUCAAUCCCACCGAUCUCAAAUCCGGUUUAUCGUUUGGAUUUUCUGGAUCCCAGCCAUCAUCUCCUCGUAGGUCAAUUUUAGCAUUAAAGUCAGAUCCUUUGAAACCACGUUUAGAUCAGAUCCGAAAACAAGCUGACGACCACAGAAAUUUAGCCUUAGCUUAUGCUUCCUACGCACGGAAGCUGAAGCUCGAAAACUCAAAGCUCGUGAGGAUUUUCGCCGAACUCUCUCGAAAUUACACUGACCUAAUCUCGAGACCUUCAUACAGAGAGCAGUUCGAUUCCGAUGCAAACUCGAUUGACGAGUCAGUGCUGAGGCAGUUUGAGAAGGAGGUCAAGGAACAAAUUAAGCUCACUCGACAAGUGAUUGCUGAGGCCAAAGAAUCUUUCGACAACCAACUGAAAAUUCACAAGCUGAAGGACACCAUCUUUGCUCUGAAUGAACAGCUCACAAAAGCCAAAAAACAGGGUGCUUUUUCGAGCUUGAUUGCAGCAAAGUCGAUUCCCAAGAGCCUGCACUGCCUUGCUCUGAGGUUAAUGGAGGAAAGAAUUGCUCAUCCUGAGAAGUACUCGGAUGAAGGGAACCCACCUAAACCUGAGAUAGAGGACCCAAAGCUUUAUCAUUAUGCAAUAUUUUCUGAUAAUGUGAUAGCGGCCUCAGUUGUGGUGAACUCUGCCGUUAAAAACACAAAGGAGCCAUGGAAGCAUGUUUUCCAUGUGGUGACAGAUAAGAUGAAUCUCGGGGCCAUGCAGGUGAUGUUUAAGAUGAGGGAUUACAGUGGUGCCCAUAUUGAGGUGAAAGCUGUGGAGGAUUAUAAGUUUCUCAACUCCUCAUAUGUUCCGGUGCUGAAACAGCUCGAGUCUGCUAAGCUGCAGCAGUUUUACUUUGAGAAUAAGCUCGAGAACGCGACAAAAGAUACGACGAAUAUGAAGUUCAGGAACCCAAAGUAUCUGUCGAUUUUGAACCAUCUCAGGUUUUAUUUGCCGGAGAUGUAUCCUAAGCUGCACAAGAUUUUGUUCUUGGAUGAUGAUAUUGUUGUUCAGAGAGAUUUGACGGGGCUGUGGAAGAUAGACAUGGAUGGAAAGAUAUGCACAGUAUAUGAAUUUCUCACAUCCACUGAUCAAAGCCAGAAUGAGAAUCGAACACUUUGGAAACUAGGAACCCUGCCGCCAGGUCUGAUCACCUACUACUCCACGACCAAACCACUAGAUAAGUCUUGGCAUGUUUUGGGGCUCGGAUAUAAUCCAAGCAUAAGCAUGGAUGAGAUCAACAAUGCUGCUGUCAUACACUUUAACGGGAAUAUGAAGCCAUGGCUUGAUAUCGCUAUCUCCCAAUUCCGGCCUAUCUGGACCAAAUAUGUGGACUAUGAAAACGAAUAUGUGCAGACCUGCAAUUUUGGUCUAUGAAACAAAUAUAGCUCAGAAUCGGAACUUGUGCUUGUGGGACUCGCCAAGGAAGUUCUUCGAGGACAGUAUAGUGUUUAACACCUUUUCACACGCUGAUUAUGUGCUUGUAUUUCGCCUAGAGACCUCCGUAUUAUUUGAGUGUUGGUUCUUCAUAAUGUAGUGUAGGAUUCUGAGUGGUCUUUCCUGCUGUUCAUAUUUAUAUGCUGUUGAAGUUGCUGAAAGCUGUUAUAAUAUUGGUAAUUUCAUAUGGAAAGUUUAGGGGGUGAUUGUUUAUAAUUUCUAGAGUAAAAAAAAUCAAUCAAAACUCAAAUUUAACUCAACUUUUAUUCAAUUCCAUUCUCUUCCAUAUUAUCAA